AUGGAUGCAUAUAAUGAUAUUUUAAGCAUAGUUGUUGAUUUAGGAUUUGAAAAUACGAAAAUAGGAUAUUCUGGAGAUGAAAAUCCUUUAAAUAUUUUUAGUUCAAAUGUUGGUGUUCCGCUUGAUAUAUAUAAAAAAGUAAAAGAUGAAAUUUAUAAAAAGUGUUUGUGCUCAAAAGAAGAAUUUCAUCAAUUUAAUUUAAUAUAUCCUCUGUUUUACUUAGAAGCUUUAGAAAAUGUCAAAGUUAAACCUUGUUUGUAUCUUGAUAAUAGGAAUUAUUUUAAUAUAAAUGAAGAUGUAUUUGAGAGAAUUUUAUUUAUGAAUGUUAUUGGAGAUAGAUAUAUAUGUAAGUUAUUUGAAAAAAGAAUAAAAGAAUAUGUGGGUGAUAAGUUAUACAAGCAAUCAGAUAUAGGAAACGAAUUUUCUGAUAAUAUUGAAGAAAGUAAUAAAAAUGAAAAUAAAUGCGAAGAAUUAAAUGAUAUAAAUGAAAACAAUCAAAAUAAUUUAAAUAAUAAUAAUGAAAAUGUUGUAAUAAAAGAAAAUAACGUAGACAAUGAGUUAAUAAAAAAAGAGAAAAGUUAUCAAGAAGAAUCAUGCAAAACUGAUAUGGAUAGUAAAACUAUUUUAGAUGGAAAAAAUGACAAUAGAAAAUGCGAAAAUAAUAGCUGCGAACAAAAAAUAAACAAAGAUAAUAAAGAAGACAAAAUGAAGAUAUUGAGAGAAUGGGCUGACAAUAAUAAUUAUUUUGAUUUUGAUAUACUUGAGAACAAAUUUAUUGAUAUUGGUAGCAUAAAAAAUAUGAUAAAUAAAUAUAAUAAUGUUAAUUGUGGUUUUAAUGAAAACAUAGAAACCUUUUCUUAUUUAUUAUCUUUACCUAAUAAAAGAAAUAAGCAAAUAAAAACAAAAAUAUCUGAAUUGUUAUUUGAAAAAUAUAAAAUUCCUGCUCUUUAUUUUAAUUCAAAAUCUAUAUUAAGCGGAUUUGCAUAUAAUAAAAAUAUUUGCUCAGUAGUUGAUAUUGGCUCAUGUUAUACAGAUUUUUCUUUUUGUAAUGAAGGAGUUAUUGAUGACAAAAAUUAUAAAAUUUAUAAUAUAGGUGGUAAUACUAUUGAUUUAUUUUUAGAGGAAUUAUUAGAAAAAUAUAAUAAAGAAUAUUGUGUUCCAUAUUAUGAAUAUUAUAAAAAAAAUAGAAAACUAUAUAAAAAAGAAAAUAUUGAUUUAUCUUAUCACAAUAAAGCAAAAUAUAAUCCUUUAAAAGAUUUAAAAACUUACUUAUGUGAGGUGGCAGAUAAUGAAAAUAAAAUAAAUGAUGCAAAGAAUAUGAAUUUUAAUGAAAAUAUAGAAAUAUAUAUAUUACCAGAUGGACAAAAUAUAAAUAUUAGUCAGUUUAGUAAUAUAGCACCAGAAAUAUUGUUUACACCUUCUUUAUUAAAUGAUACAAAAUUGAGUAAUCAUUUAAAUAAUUUAUUUACAAAAGAUGAGAAAUUUGAAGGAAUAUCUACUACUUUGUUUAAUUUAUUAAAAAAAGUAACAUCUAUUAAAUAUAAAAAUGAAUUAGCAAGUAGUAUUAUUUUAACAGGAUCAACUACUUUAUUUAAUAAUUUCAAUCAAAGAUUCACUAAAGAAUUUAAUCAAUUAGAUAUAAAUAAUAAUGAUAACUUUCCAUGUAUUCAAGUUCUCAAUCAGGGUAAAUAUUAUAAACAAUAUUCGUCAUGGAUAGGUGGUAGUAUUCUGUCAUCCUUUAAAAAUUUUAAUUCGUUUUUUGUUACAAGAAAAGAAUAUGAAGAAUAUGGUUUUGACAUUAUUAAUAGAAAAUGUUAA